CCAAAAACGCCAAAGCGGUGCUGCUGCGUUGGCACCUGGCCACCGCCCUCGCCAUGUCGAAACCGGGAUCCGUGCGCGCUUCCGUGCGAGAUCACGAGGAGCGAACGCUCGAGGUGGAUGACAGUGUGGCUUCGCUGGGCUUCGGCUUCCUCCACUUGCCCCCCACGAGACGUUCCCCGUUGGUGAUCAAGACCGUCAAAAAGGACUCCUGGGCUGAUCUGCAGGGCGUGGUGCCCGGGACCGAGUUGUUGGAGCUGGACGGAGAAGAAGCGGGCUGCCUCACUCCAGAACACUUCCGUGAAGCCUUGCAGCGGCGCCCCCUCCGCCUGAAGCUGGCGCCGCCCUAUGGCGAGGUUUGGAAGCAAGUGGCGCACUUUCAGCAGCAGGUGGUGGCCUUGAGCUUGCAGAAGGUGCACCUUCAGCAAGCUCUGAAGGAUGAAAGCGACCGCGUCAUGCGAGAGCUCGGCAUUUGCACGGAGCUGGAGAAGUCCAAUAGCCUGCAGCACAAGGCGAAGCUGCUGAAAGAUCAAGCUCAACAACUCCAAGAGAAGAGGGACUUGGAGGAGGAAGUGGAAAGGCUCCAGGUGGAGCUAGAGACCUCUCAUGCAGAACUGGCUUCAGAGCGGCAACAGCUCGAAGAGGAGAGGAAUAGGUGGCAGGCGGAGUUGGAAGAGUCUCAUCGGCGCCUGGCCUCCGAGCAGCAAAGCAUGGAGGACGAGAGGAAAGACUUGGAGGCCAAACUGGACACAGCCACUGCCUCCUGGAGCUCGCAGAAAGAGCGCAUGGAAGAGGAGAAGAGUGAGAUGCAGGCCUCAAUCUCUGAGCUACAAGCGGAGCUUCAACGAUGUAAGGCUGAGCUUGCGGCGACAGCGCAGUCGGAAGAGUUCAGGCAGGGUUCCCAAGCGGAGCUUGAAGCGGAGAAACUGCGCUGCAGCGCAGAGAGGGAGGAGUCUGAGGCGCCAAGCGCUUUGGGAGCAAGAUGCUCAUGUACAAGAGGUGAACGCCGAGCUCUCCAAAGUGCGUGGCUUUGGCUGAAGAGCCGCGCUCCGACGCCUUCAACUCGCCUCCACGCGGCCCAGCUUAGAAGCGCUUUUGGCCGAACUGGCCACACCGGAACUCUUCAAAGUUGAGAGCCCGGCGCCGGUGUCGGCCACGACGGGGCUUGGUCCGGGCGUGACGCCUGCGGCACGGCGGAGCUUCCAGCGGAGAAGCCUUGUGCCAGCGGAGCCAGAGAAGGUGCAGGCAGACUCCGAGGAGGAGAUGUUCUGAGAAGGAUAGCUCCUCCCUAUCCCCCCGCCUAUUGGUGUACAUGGGGGGGGUACCUCGGUACCUGAGAAGGUCCCGGCAGAUGAUCGAACCCCCACGGUGUCAGGUCCAGAGGCCGAAAGAAUGCCCACGGCUGAAGAGGUUUCGACGUGUCAUACGACGUGGGCUGUGAUUCCAGUUUGACCCCGG